GUAUACGUUAAACUCCUUUCAUUGCCACACAAGGUAGCGCUUAGGUCACUUGCCAUACUCUCUCCUCUAUAAAAACUUCUAUUUCCCUCUUCCCAAACCAAACUUAAUUAACCAUAGCCAUGAAGCUCCAUCUCUUCUCCCUAACCCUCCUCCUCUUCUUCUUCCUCACCCUAUCCCAUGGCCUCAACCCUAAAUGCGACAUCCCUGACCAUGGUUCAACCCUCGAGGUUUUUCAUGUCUUCAGCCCUUGCUCUCCCUUCAGACCCUCCGAGCCCGUUUCCUGGGAAGAAAAUGUGCUGCAAAUGCAGGCCAAGGACCAGGCCCGCCUCCAGUUUUUGUCCAACCUUGUGGCCGGAAAAUCUGUUGUGCCAAUCGCCUCCGGCCGGCAGAUUAUCCAGAGCCCUACUUAUAUUGUGAGGGCGAAGAUUGGAACCCCUGCUCAAACCAUGCUGAUGGCUGUGGAUAACAGCAAUGACGCCGCUUGGAUUCCUUGCACUGGCUGCGUUGGUUGUGGUUCUACUGUCUUUAACCCUGCCGGUUCUUCUUCUUUCAAGCCUGUUGGUUGCCAGGCCCCUGAAUGCAAACAGGUACCAAACCCCACUUGCGGCGGCACUACCUGUUCAUUCAAUCUCACCUACGCCAGCUCCACCAUUGCAGCCAACCUUUCACAAGACAACAUCACCCUAGCUACUGAUUCAAUCCCCAAUUACACCUUCGGCUGCAUAGCAAAAGCCACAGGCAGCUCUGUGCCUCCCCAAGGUCUACUAGGCCUGGGGCGUGGCCCCUUGUCGCUUUUGUCGCAAAGCCAAAACUUGUACCAAUCCACAUUUUCUUACUGCCUUCCUAGCUUCAAGUCCCUUAAUUUCUCUGGGUCAUUGAGGCUUGGACCCAUUGGCCAGCCCAAGAGGAUCAAAUCCACACCAUUGUUGAAAAACCCUAGAAGAUCUUCACUUUAUUAUGUGAAUUUGAUGGCAAUUAGGGUUGGAAGAAGAGUUGUUGAUAUUCCUGCUAGUGCUUUUGCAUUCGAUCCCACUACUGGUUCAGGGACCAUAAUUGAUUCUGGCACAGUUUUCACCCGUCUAGUCACACCAGCAUAUACAGCAGUUAGAGAUGCGUUUCGAAGACGGGUGGGCCUCAACUUAACAGUGACAAGCCUUGGUGGGUUUGAUACGUGCUAUUCAGUCCCAAUAAGUGCGCCAACAAUAACAUUGAUGUUCCCCGGGAUGAAUGUGACACUACCACAAGACAACUUGCUAAUUCACAGCACGGCAGGCAGCAUGACAUGCCUAGCAAUGGCUGCAUCCCCUGACAAUGUGAACUCAGUGGUAAAUGUGAUAGCCAGCAUGCAACAACAAAACCAUAGGUAUCUUUUCGAUGUGCCCAAUUCAAGGCUCGGUGUGGCUCGUGAGCCCUGUAGCAGCUGAGUUUGAUUUAAUAUGUUUUGUUGAGAAGAAUUUAGGGGCUUUUGGUGUUUGUGUGGUAGGCGGGAUUGAAAUUAUUUUGUAGCUUUUUGUAAUGUGUUGGUUUGUCUUGGGUUCCCUGUACUUGCUCAAGUGUUUGGCUUUGCUUGAAGACAAAGAUGAUAAUUUAUAUCAAUCAAUGCUAUGUUAACCUA